AGUGGCGGAGCCGUAGUGCCGGUGGAGGGUCGUGGCAUCGGGUGCCAUGCCCAAGAACGGCGCCUCCCGUGUCGCUUGGUCGUGGUGACUACGAAACAAGGUCGUUCUUAGUCGUCCCGAGGGCUUAGUCAGCCUCAGGUAGUUGCGGUGACCUGGCCUAACCCGAGUGGUUAGGAUCUCGGACCCUGUGGUCAGCCGCGUGACCUCCUGCGCGAAUUCGGAUGACCUUAAAAUGAUUCUUCUUGAUGUUUUCGAUUUCUCUCUUCGGCCCUUGGCUAACUGAGCCUCAAAUAGAGUGGACUGACUCUGAACUGAAGGCCCGUGCGAAGUGAAAUGCACGAGAGAACAAAGAGACUCGAGAAGCAGGACUGAACUGGGAGCAAAGAAAGCUCACAAGGUUUAUAUUAGGGAGAGAGAGAGAGAGGGAAGAAUAAAAGAGACAGAGAUUAAGAGAGAGAAGAAACACAUAGAUGAGAUAAGAAUAAUAAUAGACAAAAGGAAAAAAAAGAGAUAGAGCCAGAGAAAAACUAAAAUCACACAUGUAUUAUGAACAUGUGAUCUCAAAAUCCCUCGACUGUCGACCAGUUCGCGUGUACAGUCUUCCCAAAGUGUUGAACUUAAAUCAAUAACCGAGUUUUGUGAAUACGUUGCAUCCUGUGUCUAUCUGUAAGCGAGCGACCGCCACUUCGAAGUCUGCAUCGACGGGAAAUCGUACUCCAAGAUUUCUCGAACUUGAAGGGUGUAUAUAUAUAUAUUUUUUUUUUGAACGACCGCUCGCGUCUGUAGUUUCAUCCGGAAUAAAAGUUUCUCCAAGACCGCCAAAAUGCCUCAGAAACCCAGAAGAAAGAGAAAGAUGAUCGUCGUGGACGAGCGAGAGCCAGUCGGAGAGCUCCCUCCGCCUUUCCCUCCCCGGAACGUGGAGGUCAAGGAGGACGUGGACAUGCGGAAGUACUAUGACCUCAAGAAGGAGAUUGGGAGGGGGAGAUUCGGCACCGUGUACCUGGUAACGGACAAAACGACCGGGCAGAAAUUCGCCGCCAAGUUCGUCAACACGAAGCGAAACCAAGAUCGAGCCAAUGUCGAGCGCGAGGUCGAGAUUAUGAAGCUUCUGAACGCAGAGCGCCCGCACCCUAGACUCAUCCAGCUCUACGAUGCUUUUGACAUGGAUAAAGAGAUGUGUCUGGUGCUCGAGGUUGUGGAUGGCGGCGAACUGUUCGAACGUGUGAUCGACGACGACUUCGUCUUGACGGAGAAAGCUUGUGCCAUAUUCAUGCGUCAGGUUUGCGAGGCAGUUGAGUUUAUUCACUCGAAAAAUAUUCUACAUCUCGAUAUGAAGCCCGAGAACAUCCUGUGCCUGUCUCGCGAGGGCAACCGCAUCAAGAUCUGCGACUUCGGUCUGGCGCGAAAGUACGACCCCCGCAAGAAGCUCCAGGUUCUCUUCGGAACGCCCGAGUUCGUGGCUCCGGAGGUCGUCAAUUUCGAGCCUAUCAGCUUCGGAACCGACAUGUGGAGCGUCGGAGUCAUUUCUUAUGUGCUGUUAUCCGGUCUGUCGCCAUUUAUGGGUCACAAUUACGUCGAGACGAUGACGAACGUGACUCACAACAAAUACGACUUUUCGGACGAAGCCUUCAAUUGCGUUUCGGACGACGCCAAGGAUUUCAUCGAGAAGCUUCUGGUGUUAGAUAAAAGUUUGCGGCUGACACCAGCACAGUGCCAACGUCACCCUUGGCUGAAGGCUCCGCCCAAUACCACCCUCAAGAGGAGCAUCCAAGGCGCGUCGGAGGAGGAGUCCGAGGAGGAGACGGAGACGGAGACGGAGACGGAGUCAGAGGACGAGGACCUGACGGAGGUGGUGAGCAUCGAGGAGAAGCUGGUCAAGGAGGACCAGGAGAACGAGAAGUGUCGCAGGAAGAAGCAGGAGGAGGAGGAGCUUCUCAUCCAGGCGAAGAAGAAGGAGAGGGAGGAGGAGGAGGAGGAGAGGAGGAGGCAAGAGGAGGCCAGGAAGAAGGAGCAAGAGGAGCUGGAGAGACAAGCAGCCGCCAGGAAGCAACAAGAAGAACGAGAGAGACUGAAGAAAGAAGAAUUGGAAAGGCAGGCGGAGAGAAAGAGGAAGGAGGAGGAAGAAAGAAGAGCCCAGGCGAGAAAGAAGGAAGAGGAAGAGAGACAAGCUCAAGCGAGGAAGAAAAAGGAAGAAGAAGAGAGAAAGAGGAAAGAAAAAGAAGAAGAAGAGAGAAAGAAAAAGGAGAAAGAAGAAGAGGAAAGAAUAAAAAGAGAGAAGGAGGAGCAGGAGAGAAAGAAGAAGAAAGAAGAUGAGGCCAGGAAGCAGGUGAAGAGGAAGGAGGAGGAGGAGCUGGAGCGGACGAAGAAGAACCUGAAGGAGUUCGUCGAGAGGUGGAACUCGCACCCGAACUCGCCCUACCUCAUCGGGACGCCCUUGACGCAGCUGCCUCCGGAGCUGCAGAGGAUCGCCCGGGAGGAAGGGUGGAGCUCGAGAGCCUCCUUCUCGUCCGUCAUCGUCGCCCCCCCUUCGCCCCCUCCAGGAGAGCUCUCGGACGACGAGGACGACGACGACGACGACCUUGAUCUUAGCAGCAAAGACGAGUUCUCACACUACACGUUCGAGCAGAGGCAGCCCUCGCCAAGACGGCUGGCGAGUCAGUUGGAAGUGAAACUCUCGCAGCUGAAGGAGGGCAGCGACGGAGGAAAGGAUAAAGAUCAGGACAAAGCAGGCGUGGAAAACGGAAAGAUCACCAAGAAAGCCAGCGAAACCCUGCCCUCAGAUAAGUACAAGAAGGAGGAUAACGAUAAGCUCUCAGUGUCCAAACCGGAAACAAAGAACGGAAAACUCGAAAAGGAAAGAUCCAAAACCCCUGAAAUUACGAAGAAAGAAAACGAGAAAAACAAGAAAACGGAGGAGACGCAGGAGACUGUCGUGAAAUCAAAGGACGGCGAGAAACCGGCCGGCGGUUUGCAGAAAUGUAGCAGCACCGUGUUCCUGGACGACCCCAAGAAGGCCUACCAAGAGUACCAGAAGAUGGUUAACGAAGCAAUCAAGAAGAAGCAGGAGGAGAAGAAAGCUCUUGAGGAGAGAAUCAAGGCGAGGCAAGAGGAGCUGGAGAGAGAGGCUUCUAAGGAUUAUGACUGGAGAAAGACCAAAGACAAGAAGGACUCAGCGGAGACCAAGAAGACCUCGAACUACCUGAAGACGAAGGAGACCACGAACGGUGCCGAUGAAAAACGUUCCCGUGGAUCGAAAUCGCCCGUGUCAGUGUACUCGAGCACGAAAGCGACAAACGAACAGCUGGAUGAUCACAAGCAAGCCUACGAAGACUACAAGAGAAGGGUCAGUAAGUCGGAGAAAGAUGCCAAGAAGAACGAAGACGCAGGGAAAGCGAAGCCAAGAGAGCCUCUCAGACGGCCGGAAAUCAUCGCGCUUCAGAAUGAGGAGCUGGGAGGAAGCACAGCCAGACAGAGGAAGAAGUCCCUCUCUCGCCUGGACACCGGGGAUUCCCUGUCCGAUCGAAGUUCUCGUGGAUCGACGCCCAAAUCGCCGGGAUUGGAUGGCGCCACGUCCCCCAAGUAUGACUUCGAUCUGGAAGCUGGUCGGUCCAGGAGCUCAACGCCCACAAAACAGCUCAAGAAGCAGCCCUCGAGAGACGUCCCCCUCCAGGCUAAGAAUGCCGAUCAGGAGGAGCGUCCGGGAACACCUGUGAGGCAGAAACCGUCGCGCGAUGUGCCGAUGCCGUACAUCACAGUGGAAGGAGAGGAAAGAUACUCCAGACCGAGAAGGGGAUCCCGGGACAUAACGCCAGACAGCCCCCUUCCACCCCAUCGCAAAAUUUCAACAGAAGAACGACCGCCAUCCAGGGAGUCGCGUCCUGGAACACCACUGUCACACCGAAGACCCUCUAGAGACGUCAACAUCAGCAGUGGUCAGCUGGAUCGCCUUGUUCAAGCAAGUGGGUUGGACAGUCCAGAGUUAACAGCAGACCAACCGCAAAUGUGGCCUGACCUGAUUGUAUGUCCACAAGGGCAAGAUGAUGAAGAGUGUCAGGACUACAAGGAUUCUUUGGAUGUCCCCAUUGCAACCUUGAUGAAAAGUCCAAGUGGGACACUACGUCAGGUUCCAGAAGUAACAAUUUUGCAGACAGACAAAAGCAACACCUCAGAAAAUAAGAAUCUCGACUCUGAGGGGAAUUCUAGCGACCCAACUUACGUUCCAAGUAACAAGCUUGUGGCCUGGAUCCUUGAUAUUGGCAAUGUCCAGAAUCAGCGCCAGGCUCCCUUCUCCACCUCUGACCGUGUGUCUCAGUGGGAGGGAAAGGAACCCUCGCCCAAACCAGGUGAGAGAUCCCCAAGAGAGAAGUCACCCAGACUCAGAACCAGAUCGCCUGUUCCAAGUGAUAAACACAGAGACAAAUCUCCUGCACCGACUCGAACACCCUUCUUGUGUCCGCUGUCACGAGAGCCUUCUUCAGUAAGUCUGAAGAGCUCAGGGUCUUCUGAAAAUGCUUGCAUCCAGACACCCUGGGGAGAGCUCAAGCGGUCGCCCUCUCGAAGCACACUCUCAAAAUCACCGUCCUUUGAGGUUCCUUCUAACAAGGCAAAGGAUGGCACUGAUACUGGAAAUGGAGGCUUUGAUGACCACAUGUCUGUUGGAAGCUCAACGAGAUCCCCGUCACCACGUUUAUAUUCGAAGUUCCAUAAACAAGACUCAAUGGAAAUUCCAGAGAGGAAAGACUCCCUUACUUCCCCAAGGUUAACGGGUGAACUGCCUCCAAAACCUCCAGAAAAGGCGCAUAGAAGCUCAAAAGAAGAAAACCUGAACAUCAGAAGCCCAGCCAAGAAGGACGACUGGAAGAGUGCUACUCUACCUAGACAGGCGAAGCUCGCCAAGCAGGGAUCCACGGACAACCUUAAGAAUUAUUCAACAGAAAAGAGGUCGUCUCUCUUAGCCGUAGAGGCAGGCAACACGGACAGCCUGAAGAGAAAGAGCAAGUUUCCUCCUUCUCCCAACCAGAAGCGGAAGUUGGGCAGCUGCCUCCUUUUCUCAGCCCAGGAUCGAAUAUCACAGUUCGAAAACAAACAGCCGUCAGGCAGGCCUCCUCAGCGGCCAAUCACUCGCACACGCAGUAGCAUGGUGUUCACCUCAACCGCUCAGGAGAAUGGGUUGGAAAACCGAUUGUCCUGUGACAUGAACAAGAAUGCCCUCACCUCAUCCCUAAACUCGUCUUACACCCCCACUCGUCGUCCUCCUCCCGUUGGUCCACAGCGUUCCCCGACCUUCACCUACUAGUUCUCCAACCCUGCUGCUGCCCAUUUUAAGGUUGCUGCUCCUGGCGGUCACCAAUGGCACCCUCACCAGUGCCUCGAAAACCUCGCUAAAGACGGACACUGUGCCUCGAGAGGUCGCAUGGCUUGUGACAUGAGAGGAAAUAUUCAUAGUGCGGAAGUUUCGUCGUUUGCGCCACCUACGGCCAGUGGUCGCCGUGGGACUCUGACUUGUAAAGCGGUAAAGUUGAGCGUCACAAAUACAUGGACACUAGUUACAUCACCACUACCACCACCACAGUAAACAACGACACUAGUCACGUAGUGGUUAGUCAGCACACAGCCAAAGCAAAGCUAACCUCUCUACUCCUCCCCUGAUCUCACACCAGCUGUCGCAUGACACCCGAGCAGUGCCGCAAACACAGCUGGAUCUGCAACCUCGGGGGGCAGCCGAAGGCCGAGCUCAACAAGAGGAACCUGCGGCAGUAUGUGAGUCGAAGACGGUGGCACACCGCUGUUCAUACGGUCACCGCUCUCCGACGCAUGGGGGCAAACCUAUCUGAGAGGAGGGAACCCACCAACCAAGAGUUUACCAAGACGAAGAGCAGCACAGAACUAUGUGGUCUAGAGAAAGAGUUCCUUUCGUCCUCGGGUUUUAGCCAUUCCAGGAGUGCCAACGAAUUGCAGAGUCUGGAAUCGCCGACGAUAGAAGCUCCAUCGCGCCUCGCCCCGGUGGCUGAGAAGGAGACUGAGGGCUCACCUCUCAGUUUGGGAAAUUCAGAAAGGCGGCAGAAGACUCAACCAAGAUCAGGUUGUAAAAAUUCCAAAGCCAUUAAUAACAAAGAUCCACCAACUGUACAGCCAAGCCAAGAGCAAAAGAAAAGAGAAGUGCUUUACAUAGAAGCAGAGGAGGCAUUGCGGCGAAUGGCAGGUCAGAUUCCAUCAUCAGAGACGUCUAACUCGGUCUGUUCGGAUGACCACAGGCAAACGAAGCAGGGAAGGAACGAAUCUCCCCAGUCCAAAGACGCUCCCACAUCCAUCAAACAGCGUCGUGAAAAACCGCCCUCACAGCCUGUCCCACGUAGGCCCACGUCAGUCACAUCCUCAACUCGCGUCCUGCCGGUGUUGGAGCUGGCCCGAAGGAGGUCCUCCGGCAUGACCAUCCAGUAUCCGUCGACCAUCAGCAAGCCACGCCUGGAAGCGGUCGAACAAGCGAAGGUCGGACCGCGAUCGCUCGUCGACCAGUUGCUGGGGCAGUUCAAGGGGAUGCAGUCGUUCUCCUUCGCCGAACUGAGGACAACCAAGGGCACGGCCACCCUAGCGAGCGCCGUGGUCAGCAAGCCAGUCUUCCAGUUCCGCAAGGGCCGUCCCAUCAACAGCGGCGCCGUGCUGGAGAUCGCCAAGAAGUUCAUGGGCUUCGAGUGAGGCAACGACACGCGGGGAAAUCUUGCCCUUCCGGUGUAAAAGGAAAACUGAGUGUUACCCAAAUGGCUUCGACUGAGCUUGAAUGUUCUGUGACGAACGAAGAAAAAAAGACAGUGUGAUGGAAACGAAUCAAACAAAAGCGAUGGACACGGCAAAAAAAAAAAAAAA